AUGGCGCCCUCGAAAAAGGCAUCAACCUCCUUGAAAUCCGGUCGUCCCCCAACAUCCAAGACAACACCCGCCUCAAUAUCAUCCAAAGCCACACAAAAGCUCAUCAUAGCCUACCACGCCCUACAAAAGGACCUCACAAAAGCAAAAGCCACCAACGACCACUCCAAAGCCACCAACCUCCAAUCCCAAAUCGACGCGCUCGGAGGUCUAGAAGCCUACCAACGAGCCAGCAUCCAAGGCCAAUCCACCUCUCGCGGCGGCGACUCCUCUCUAGUCCUCAUGACCUGGCUCAAACCCUACAUCCCCGAGCUAAAAGCACUACAAGCGCCCUUCAAAGUACUAGAAGUCGGAGCCCUAAGCACCAAAAACGCAAUUUCCACGCCCAAACUCUUCCACAUCGAACGCAUAGAUCUCCACGCUCAAAGUCCAGGAAUCUUACAACAGGACUUCAUGCAACGACCCCUCCCCACCCACGAAGCCGAGAAAUUCGACAUGAUCUCCCUAUCGCUGGUCUUGAAUUUCGUGCCAGAUACCAAAGGAAGAGGAGAAAUGCUUCGUCGCACCACUCAAUUUCUUCGACGUCCAUCUUCUCCUCCUCCUUCUUCUUCUUCAUCCACCAUGCAGGAAGACCUCGCAGCGACACUAUUCCUAGUCCUGCCAGCGCCAUGUAUAGAGAAUGCCCGCUACAACACCGAAGAAAGAUUAACUCUCAUCAUGGCCAGUCUCGGAUACUGUCUACUGCAAAGAAAACAGACGGCGAAAUUGGUCUAUUAUCUCUGGCAAUGGCGCGACGAAGCAGUGCUCACAGAGCAGAAAUUCACAAAGCUGAUGUUGAGGGAUAAAGGUGGCAUGAAUAACUUUUGCAUUGAGCUGGUGCAGGAGCAGCAACAACAACAUACAGACGACAAAUUUUCGCCUCUCAGAGAAUUCUGA